UACUGUCAUGGGUUGGAUCAAUCGCAGCGACGCCUGUCUUGAUGCGGGACACUUUCGAAGCUGGGAAACCGAUUUCCGAGAAAGAAUUUAGCAACGCUAUUUUGAGCAAAGCAGCUGGGAUGGGAUCGGAUGAAUUUAUUCCGUGGGACCUACAGCAUCCUGAGCUCGUUGAAGGUGACAUCAUGCCAACGGGAAAGAAAAACGCAAUCAUCAACUCCAACGAACUUUGGCCAAAUGCAACGAUUCCCUAUGUUAUUUCUGCGGAUUUCACUUCCGCUCAGCGCCAAGUCAUCGCCUUUGCUAUGAACGAGUAUCACAACAAAAGUUGCAUCCGUUUUGUGCCCAGAACUAGUGAGGCCAACUACAUCCGCAUCGGAAAGAGUGGCCAAGGGUGUUGGAGCUACGUAGGUAGAAUCGGUGGCGGCCAAUAUGUGAGUCUCGACGAUGGAUGCAUCUCAAGCCGGGCGCCGGGUGUCGUCAUACACGAGCUCAUGCAUGCCGCAGGAUUCUGGCACGAACAUAUGCGUCCAGAUCGCGACACUUACGUGUCCAUCAAUCUCGAUAACGUUCAGAGAAAAUACAGAGGCAACUUCGAUAGGCUUUCAACGACGUAUGUCACCACUCUCGGACUUUCUUACGAUUACGGUUCUGUCAUGCAUUACCCGAGGAAUGCCUUCGCUAUAGAUAACAACAUUGCCGUCAUCACGCCGCUGAUUGGAAACCCUACCAUAGGUCAAACAACAGGAUUUAGUGACUUGGACGUGCAGAAACUCAACAAGUUGUACAGCUGCUCAACAUCCCCCUGUUCAGGAUAAAAGAAAUCGACCGGCAAAAUGACGCAAAAAUCCGAAUCAAGUCGUCGUCUGUUUGAAACUUUUCAAACGAAAAAUAUUUUUUACCGUUUUUGCUUUAUUAUUUUGGUGGCAAGGGUUGGAACUGGAGAGCCGGUGAUAGAUUGCUUGUAACAUUUUAUCAAUUUUUCAAUACAUUGCUGUUGCGAAAAU